UAGAUUUUGCGGACGAGAGUCUGUGACAAUACUCCAACGACAGGCUCUCUCCUGUCUGAGUACCUUUCUCUAAUUUACAGUUCAUCUGCAUUUUGUGUGGUGGGACUCCCAAACUCCCUGCCGCCCAGUUAUGACGUAGUGCUUGUGACCGUGGUAUCCUACAGGAGGGCGCAUCCUUCUUACACUGGUUUAUAUUUAAUGCACACUUUUUCAUGAUGUCUUGAGACAGCAGACCGAAAUUGUUCCAAAAUAACUGGCUCAUUCCACACAAUGGAUAUUUGAAGGGACAUCUUACUGCAUUGUUCCCAUGGAUAUGUCUUCAAAAAUUGACCAAUUCAAAAGAUCUCAAAUAAAACGAUGACGCCACCGUGGGUCGCCUGCUUCUUGGUAAUCUUCGCACUUCCCCCGUGCACUCCUCAGCCUCACAGAAACCGUCACCAUCUUCCAGAGCCACAUGCCGAAGCCUAUCACAUGGCACGUGACCCCUUCGACCCUCACAGGGACUCGGAGGAGUUUAGAAGAGAUGCUCCAGACGACAAAAGAGACUUUUCCCACAAGGACAGCAAGGGAGAAGAGUCGCUCGUGAUACAGACCAAAAAGGGCAAGGUGCGAGGCAUCACCAUGACGGCCGCCACUGGGAAAAAGGUGGACGCUUGGAUGGGCAUACCCUACGCGCAGAAGCCCAUCGGAAACCUUAGGUUUAGACAUCCCAGACCGGUGGAGGCUUGGGAAGGUAUUUUAAACACGACCAGACAACCAAACUCCUGCGUUCAGAUCAUCGAUACCGUCUUUGGUGACUUUCCAGGUGCUACUAUGUGGAACCCUAACACGCCUUUGAGCGAGGAUUGCCUGUAUAUUAAUGUGGUAGUGCCUAAACCUCGCCCCACCAAGGCUGCAGUUCUGGUUUGGAUAUUCGGUGGUGGGUUCUACUCGGGAACAAACACUCUAGACGUGUAUGAUCAUAAUAUCUUAGUGUCCGAAGAGAACCUUAUCCUAGUGUCGAUGCAGUAUCGCGUGGCUUCUCUAGGUUUCAUUUAUUUCGGCACUCCUGACGUGCCAGGGAACGCUGGUAUGUUCGACCAAAUGAUGGCGUUGCAAUGGGUGAGAGACAAUAUAGCAGCGUUCGGAGGCAACCCUAAUAACAUCACCUUAUUCGGGGAAUCCGCAGGGGCCGUGUCGGUGUCCCUUCAUCUUCUAUCGCCGUUGUCCAGAAACUUAUUUUCACAGGCCAUAAUGGAAUCGGGUAGCGCUACAGCCCCCUGGGCUAUAAUAUCACGAGAAGAGAGCAUACUUAGAGGUUUGCGAUUGGCUGAAGCUGUUAAGUGCCCUAACGAUAGAAACCAGCUAAGCGCUGUGAUAGAAUGCCUGAAAAAGAGGGACCCUAUAGAACUGGUGAACAAUGAAUGGGGAACUUUAGGAAUAUGUGAGUUUCCCUUCGUUCCUGUUAUAGAUGGCGCUUUCCUCGACGAGCAUCCCGUUCGAGCCAUGAGCAAUAAGAACUUUAAAAAGACCAACAUCCUGAUGGGUUCGAACACAGAGGAAGGUUACUAUUUCAUUAUAUAUUACCUGACCGAGUUGUUCAGGAAGGAGGAGAAUGUCUACGUCAACAGGCAGGAAUUCCUUCGAGCUAUCACAGAGUUGAAUCCAUACGUCAAUGCGGUCGCGCGUCAGGCUAUAGUGUUCGAGUAUACGGAUUGGUUGAAUCCGGACGAUCCGGUGAGUAACAGAGACGCAUUGGAUAAGAUGGUGGGAGACUAUCACUUCACUUGUAACGUGAACGAGUUCGCACAUCGUUAUGCCGAGACUGGGAACAACGUCUACAUGUAUUAUUACAAGCACAGGACCAUCGCGAAUCCUUGGCCCUCGUGGACUGGAGUGAUGCAUGCCGAUGAAAUCAACUACGUCUUUGGAGAGCCUUUGAACCCAACGAAGAGUUACACUAAUCAAGAGGUUGAUCUUAGUCGUCGAAUAAUGAGGUACUGGGCGAAUUUCGCCAAAACAGGAAACCCCAGCCUGUCUCCUAAUGGCGUCUGGACGCCUACCUUCUGGCCACUGCACACCGCCUACGGAAGAGAAUAUCUAACGCUAGAUAUCAACUCAACAGCUACAGGUCGCGGUCCGAGAUUGAAACAGUGUGCUUUCUGGAAGAAAUAUCUACCUCAGCUACAACAACUUACAGAUGAACUCCAGAAUACACCAUCCAAGAAAAACUGCACAGAAACCAGUGAUGCUGUAACCAGGAGAGCUUCCUUCGGCACAAUCAUGUUGAUCCUGCUGUUUAGUGGUAUCAUCUGACAGCUGAACAUUAACUGAGGUAGUGGAACCUUUUCAAGUACCAAGAUCAUUUAGUCUGGUUCUUAGACAGAAAAACCGCCUUCAAGAAUUCACUGGAAGAUGCGAACUUAGGCUUUUUAUCACGUAGAGGAGAAAAGAGUCGCUGAAAGUAUAAGCUUAUGACAAUUUUCAAAACAGUUACAUUGAACUGGACUUUAGAUAAUAUAUAUAAUCGAAAACCUCAUUAUCGGUUCGACCUAUAUAUGUAGCGAAUUGCUGUAACUCUUUACUUUUAUAUUUUCUACUAACUACAAACACUAACUAAUCUAUACUGUGAUCUGAUUAUGAAGAAAUGCAUAUCAUUAUGUGGCUAUAUGGCUAAUUACUAGUUAACAGAAUCUAUAUAAAUAUCAGAUGAUGUUUUCUCUUCCCAGAAGAGUGAGAUGAAAUUUCGGCUUCAAACCUCCUAGGAGGUAAAGAUGAAAUGUGAAUAUUUCGACAUUGUCUUAAUCCUAUGAAUUUGUGAAAAUAUGGAGAAAUUAAGGUACCUAUAUCAAGAAAUUUUCUCCGAGUUACAUCCCCACUCUACAUUGAACGAUUUUCAUUCUAUAGAUAUUCAUCAUUGCUGUGAAAUUAUAAAAUAUCAACGACCAAUCGUUUCAGUUCAAAUCUGUAACUUUUCAUAUAUUGUGUACAAGUUUUCAAUUAAUAAUUUCAGUAAUACCGUGCAAGAAUCUCAUUAAUAAUUUGCUAUGAGGAAUCUCAACUGAAUGUAAGCUUGAACGAGCAUGUUUUUCUCGGGGAGAAAAUCAAUAUCACAUUUUCUGAUUGUUAUAAAUCUAAUGGAAUCUAACCUUAGGUUUUUCUAUCAAAUUGUUCAUUUCUAUUUUAUUUCUCAUGAUAUUUUAUAGUCAAUUAUGAUAGAUAUUACUUUCGAGUAAAGAGUAGAAACUUUCUUGACAUAGGUUAUAGUCAAACUAUCUGCACAUCAUUUCAGAACACUGAAACUUCUGCCAUGUGUAACUCAAUAUUUAAAAGUUCAUGAUGACAAAUGAUUGCUAUUUAUAUUGUUUUUUUUUUUGAGCGCUCGUUUUUUUAAAAAUGAUAUUAUUUGAUAUCAAAACCGAGAAAUAAUGACACUGUAAUUUUAAAAAAUGUAUUCUCAAUUCUACAUAUUGUUAUUAGACGUGGAAAUCCUGGCCUAUAUCAUCGACUGAAAAUACUAUACUUUUGGUUCAUAUUGUGUUCGUGAAAAUUUGUUCUCUGAAUUCAAUAUUUCAAAGUGCUCCGUUUUUCGAUCAAAUCAAGGAUUUCAAUAUUAAACAGUUCAAUUUGGAACCAUAAUUCAUAUCAAUAGUUGCUUCACCCCAGGGAAAGUGAGAUAAAACGUAAAAAUGAAAACAAACAAUUUCUACAACUCAAUGAAAAUUAAUUUGAGUCGGUAUUUCAAUUAGAAUCUAUUGAAUUGAAAUUUUCUUUAGUCAAACCUAAUGAUGUGUUCUUAUUUAAUUCCUACCUGAUUUCUUUUUUAGUUUAAUUAUAUUUUUAUUGUGUUUUAUCCGAGCUUUCACUGGGGAUCAAAUUAUCUCCUGAAUAGCCUAGUUCUAACUUACGCUGUUCAAACGUUUUCAGUAGAAUUUCUUCCAUCUGAAAGUUUCAUAAAAACGACCUGUAUAUUAUUUUGAACGCACGAAUCACAUGGCACUAAAACUUAGAUAUUUAUGUGAAGAAUUUCUCAAGAAUCGAAUACUUUUACAUUCGAUUUGUUAGGUACCUGUACUUGUUAGUUUCCUGUAGUAGUUUAAGUGUUAGUUCAUUUAAUGAAGAAAGUUGAAAUACUUAUUUAUAUGUAUAGUUAAAAUGUUAUUAUGAAGAUACUCAACUGGUCAGUGUAACGAAAAAAUAAAUGUCAAUAGACGGCGUAGUUGGACAGAAAACAGGGAAUACCUUCUCAUGAAUCUAAGCUAAUAUAACUUUCAUCCAAUAAGAUAAAGACAGUGAAUUAACAAAAUAAUUUAUUGUCAUUUAAAAUAUAUAUUUUGAAUUAAAACAACACAAGGAUGUAGGUAUCGCUUGACAGUUUUCUGUUCAAUUGAUUCGUACAUUAAGCUAUAGAUCAGCAUAUAAGGUUUUUCGAAAUGAUAAAUACAGUAUUAAUAAUCAAUGCAAUUCGUUAGUUACCUACUGCUUCAUGUUUCCUAUGAAAAUUAUCUAGAGAAUAUUUUUUCAAGAAUAGAUUUAAGCCGAUCAUGAUAUAAUAACUGAUGUGCUUCCUACGCUAUGAAGCUUCACGUUUAAAUAAAGCAUUUUCUUUGUUAACCGAAUAGUAUGACCAGUUGGGAAUCGUUAUAUUGUUAUAUUUACACGAAAGUGGAUGCAACUGCGGAAAUGUUUGGAACGUAUUUGAUGUUAUAAUGUCUUCAGUCGACCAGUAAAUUUGUAUAGGAAGUAAGAUCUGCACUUGGUAGAUUCUAGGUAUUGCAUAGCCAAUUUCCAAAAAAAAGAGUAAUUUCUAACAUAGGCAUAAAAGGUGUUAAAAGCUUCGGAUUCCUGAAUUCACGCUUCAUUUCAAAAACUGGCUCUAGAUGAGAAUUUGUCAAAGUAUCCAUCUAUUUUAUUCUCAAGAGAAAUAUCGUAAGAAAGAUGUCGCGAUAGCUUGCGUAUAUCUAAAUAAUGUUUAUAUCUUGAAUUAAUCAUCUGAAUUUUUGGACAGCUCUUCCUGAACAAUUAUGAUAUUUCUAAAUGAAAUGACUAAAAUUCCCGAAUAUACAGGGUAGAACUUUUGAGGGGCACUACAGGGAUAUCGAAAACCAUUAGAGAUACAGGGUGGCUUAUAUUAC